CGGCCCGCCGUAGAUCGAGCUGGUGCAGAUGGAGGCACGCCCGCGCAGCGUCGACAGGCUCAUUUGACACUGGCCGAUUUUCUCACUGACUUGUAUCAACGUCGCUCUGAACGUCUGAAAUCUGACGAAAUGGUACGACAGGCAGAGUUACUGCAGCAGCGUAAAGUGGAGCUUGAAGUCAGGCAACGGGAAUACGAAGGGGUUAGCGAAAAAGAUCCGAAAUGCAAUGAACUCAGACGGCGAAUUGGAAGCUUAAAGAAAGAGUUAGCGCUGGAUGAAGCCGAUUUUAAGGCACAGGUUGACUCUUUAUCUGGGAUCCUUCUUGAUGCGUUGAAGCAUUUCAGACAAGCACUGUGCUUUGACGGUUUGGUGGGAGGUGGGCACCGGCGGAAAACUACAAAGAACAGUUGCGAAGGUCGUCCUGUCCUAGCGAGCGACUCAGAGGCAAAAGAGCACGAAGAGGAAGAUGGCUCGGGAUGUGGAGAUGAUGAUGACUUGGGACCCAUCUUCAAGGUUGUAGCGCUUUGGUUCGAUCCAGUCAAUGCAGGAAGCCUUGUCGUGAAUGCAGAGCUUGCCAAGCUGGUUUUAGAGAUUCCCACUUACAAGGUUGUACCAUUGAUAUAUCAGAUUUUAUCGCGAUUGGGCUCGGGUACUCGUGAAUUCAGCAGCGCUGUAGAAUUGCUAGUUUUCCGGACUUGCAAAGAACACCCCCACCAUACCCUGCUCCAGCUUUUCGCUCUUCGGCACGGGAAGACGCUCAAUUCGGCUGCAGCCCGAGAAACCUACAAUCGUAUGGCGCACCUGGAAGAGAAGGUCCAAGCAGCG